AUGGGGAAGAGCGGGAAGCGGGAAAUGCCCUGUGGUGGCUCUCGGAUGCACGUCUACAGCCUAGGGGCGCAAAACAUUAAAAAGGAUUCAGGGGACCGUGGUCAGCCUGAUCUGCAAUCCUCGCUCCGCACGAGUCCGGGUACCAAAGAACUCGUGGGGCAACUAUCAAGCAUGCUGACUAAACCGAAGGCAACUGAUAAAAUCCGAAGGCAACCUGGAUGUCCGUGGACAUCAUCAUAUCCGAAGGCAACAUCUGCAUAUCUGGGUACCUAA